AUGAAUGCUUCAAAUGCUAAAUCGAAUAACCCGAUUAAAUGUAUACCACAAAAAGGAGAUUGGCAAGGUGGUGAUGAAAUAUUAAUUAUUAUGCCUAAGCCAACCAAACGAAAAGAAUAUACAAUUUGUUUCGAUUUCGGUCUACUUGGAAAACAAACUAUUAAUGAAAUAACAUACAUUGAUAAAAAAGUAAUUUUAUUUCGAACACCACCAUGUCGAAUACCACCAAGCAAUGAAAAUAUUAAAGUAUCGGUUGAUAUUAUACACAAUAAUUUACUUCUAUCUUCAAUUGACUUUUAUUAUGUGACACCAAUGAAAACAACAAUCAAUCUAUGUACAUAUUGUCAAAAUAAUAUGAACGUUAACCAUACAAGUAAUAAGAGAAGAUAUGAAUUUUUUGAGAAUGAUGAUGCACAAAGUCUUGUGUCACAUAUGGAACAAUUAUCUAUGGCAGAGAAAACUAUUUCAUCUCAUAUUCCAAUUUCAUCGAAUGAAAAACAUUUGAAAUUUGAUAAAUAUCUCAAUCAAUUAAAAGCUGCUUUAAGUAAAUUUAUUCGUACGAACGAUCCUUCUCGAUUAUUUCGUCGAACACGUAUGUUAUUAUCUCAAUGUGAUGAAAAUCCACCUCUAUUGAAUGAUGCUAUUCAACGUGGACAUACACAAAUAGCAUUAGCACUUAUUGAACAAGUUCUUGAUAUGAGUUCAUCACAAGGAUUAUUAGAAAAAGAAAAUGAAAAUGGUGAAACACCAUUAUUAAUUGCAGCUAAAUGUAAUCAAUGGAAAUUAAUUGAACCUAUUAUCAAAAAUCGAUCUGAUCUUGUUAAACACAAAGAUAAAAAUGGAAAUAAUUUAUUACAUUUACUUGCAAAUUUACAUGAUGAUGAAGGUGCAGAAGUGAUUAAAAAUAUUUUUAAAAUUUUACCCAAUGACACAAAAGAAAUGCUUUUAGUUGGAAAGAAUAAACUCUGUCAAACACCAAUCGAAAUUGCACAAUCUCAUGGCAAUACUCAUUGUAUUGAUAUUUUGCAGUUUUCGACCGAUGCUGAAAAAGAAAAUAUUUGA